AUGGAGUGGGCGCAUACCGGCUCGAACAUGAAGUCAAACGCAGAGGUCCAACGCCUUGUCGACGAGGUUAUUCUCGCCAAGGAGUUCAACUGUGACGACCUCCGCGGCUUCAAGAUAGCCCGCGAGACUGCGCGGCUUGAUGCGCUCGAUGUCGCCAACGAUUCGCUGCAGACUGUAGAUGGCUGGCGGAGGGUUUCAAUCUCGCUGUCGGUCCCAAAGGAGCGCACGAAGUAUGCUUCUGAGGCUGAUGCCCCGCAGUUCGUCAUCGACAACGUAUACGUGCGUAGCUUCCUCGACACCGUCAAGGAAGCAGCCAGCGAUCCUGAUGCCACAACGUACAACUGGAUCCCUCACGAGUACAUUUGGAAGCGGCCUGUCGAUGACUCUCGUAUCGACGCGCAGGGCCGACCGCUCACCGAGGAUGUGCGGAUGUACAGCGACGUAUGCAACUGCCAAGAUGCGCUUGACGAGGAUGCUCGGAUCCGCGCCUGGGCCCGAGACCAUUGCAACGACCCACCUGGCGUCGAAGUCGCAAUGGUGCCUAUCAUGAUCUGGUCCGACUCUACACAUCUCGCCUCCUUUGGAUCGGCCUCGCUCUGGCCUAUUUAUGUGUUCUUUGGCUUCGUGUCCAAGUAUGUACGAGCAAAACCGAAUUCGUUCUCUGCACAUCAUCUCGCAUACAUUCCAAAGUUACCAGACAGCUUCCAGGAUUGGUAUGAACAAGUUCACGACAGUCCAGCGACAGAGGAGACACUCCGAUUUUGUCGCCGCGAGAUCAUGCACGCGAUCUGGACUCUUCUCAUGGACCCGGAAUUCAGGAAAGCAUAUGAGGAAGGGCUGCUGUGGAUGUGUGGGGACAAGAUCCUCCGCCGCCUCUUUCCACGGUUCUUCACUUACUCCGCAGACUACCCCGAAAAGAUCCUUCUUGCAUGCAUUCGCUACCUGGCCGAAUGCCCAUGUCCACGCUGCUAUGUCAAGAAAUCCGACAUGCGAUUGAUGGGAACAAGCAGGGAUCUCAAGCAGCGACAGGACCACAGUCGCAUCGACACUGAGCCGAUCCAGUACGAUAUCAAGGCGACGCGGAGUUGGAUUUUCAAGGAUGGAUACAAGCCCAACAGCAAACGCAUCGACAAAGUCCUACAGUCGCGUUCUCUUCUGCCGAUUCAGAGUGCAUUCUCGAGAUUUUCACAGAGCCUUCCACGGCCACUUCGCUUCAAUCAUUAUCGCCUACUCGUCGCUGAUGUAAUGCAUGAAUUUGAACUCGGAGUAUGGAAGGCUUUCCUCAUCCACCUCCUUCGCAUUCUCUUCCUUCUCCGCCGUCUCGCAGUGUUCAACCGGAGGUUUCGCAAAGUGCCAACGUAUGGUAGUGACACGAUUCGCCGAUUCAGCAACAAUGUCUCUGAUCUCAAGCAAAUGGCUGCACGCAUGUACGAAGACAUUCUGCCUGAGUGCAUCAUCCCUGUUGUCGACAGCAUGCUCCCGCCACCCCAUGAUGACAUUGUCCUCGAUGUCCUGUUCGCUCUUGCAGAGUGGCAUGCCUUUGCCAAACUCCGCCUCCACACCGAGCGCACCCUUUCGCUCUUCGAAGAAUCCGUCAAGACUCUCGGCAAGGCGAUGCGCAGGUUCGAGACCAUCACGUGUCCGGCCUACGAAACCAAGGAACUGCCCCGAGAGACUGCAGCGCGGGGUCGCCGACAAGCUGCCGCAGCCGCAAAGGCUGGAUCAAAAGGGAAACAGAAAGCUGCCAGUGUACCAGUCUCUCGCACAGCCCGAACCGCAGGAGGUGCUCGCAUCGUAAAGUUCAACCUAGCAACGUACAAAUGGCACUCUUUCGGUGACUAUCCAUACUUGAUCAGAGCGACAGGGACGAUGGACAUAUCGUCAACACAGCAUGGCGAACGCGAGCACUGCCGCAUCAAGCGAUACUUCCCCCGGACGAACAAGAGUAGUAACUUUGCAUUUCAGAUUGGCAAGAGGCAGCGACGUGAACGCCUGCUACACCAGAUCCGAAAGCGUUCCAGGAUCGCGCGGGGGCAGCCCUUGCCCCGCCAAGCGCCAGUCCGCUCGACAGCAGAGGCUCGAGGAACAAGUACCAAGCUUCACGUCCCAGACACACGUCGUGGGGCUGUUCUUCCUUUCACAGACAGCGAAUUCCUACCCCCGACAUCGCCUGAGAGCCGAUAUCAAAUGUCGGAUGAGCAGCGAUACUGGGAAAACAUUCCCAUGUGGUUGCAAAAGAAUCGUGACGAUCCAGCGACAAAGGACUUUCUCCCGCACCUCAAGGACCACCUGUUGGGGCGACUGCUCAAUCUGGAGUACAACGGUGACGAGGAUCAUGGCUUCGGACCUGCGGAACGCCGCCGUCUCACCAUUGCGAAGGACCGAAUGUACCUCCACAAGGUACUCCGGGUCAACUACACAACGUACGACAUGCGACGCGGACAAGAUUCUAUUAACCCGAGGACGCACCCGAACAUCAUGCUCCUCGCACAUGAAGACGAUAAUGCCGCGAGCGAGCACCCGUACUGGUAUGCACGAGUCAUUGCGAUGUUCCACGUCCAUGUUCAGCUCGCCUCCACCGAUCCUUCUGUGCCGGACAAAUGCCAGAAGAUGGACGUACUCUGGGUGCGAUGGUAUGGACGAGAUCUCACGGCACCCGGUGGAUUCAAGACGCGUCGUCUGCAUCGCUUGGGCUUUGUUCCAGACGACGACCCUUAUGCCUUCGGCUUCCUCGACCCAGCACUCGUUUUGCGAGCAUCACAUAUCAUACCGGCAUAUUCCUAUGGACAAGUAAGUGACCUCCUGCCGCCAUCGCCAUGCGCUCGACGUCCUGAGGAAGACGACCUGGACUAUAUGUACUACUACGUGGGCAUGUUCGUUGAUCGUGAUAUGUUCAUGCGAUACUUGCCGGGGGAGGCACCCGGACACCAAGGGACUGUGUCGCACAGCCACAUAGCUGCAAACCGGCGGCACGAGCGAUCACAACCGGAGGCUGGUCCAGACGAUGACUCGUCAGAGGACUCUGACAUUCCCACAGGUACAGCCUCAGAACCCGAUGUGCCACGCGGUGACACAUCGCUGGCAGUUGCGCAGGAAGCUCACGAGAUCGAGGACAAUGACAACGAAGAUGUAGACGAAGACAUUGCUGGUGAGGACAAGGAGCACGAAGAAUUUGAUUAUGGCUAUGGCUCGGACGGCAAGUCGGACAGCGCAGAGGACGAGUGGGAAGACGAGGACGAGGACGGAGACCUAGGUCCUGAAGAUGGGGAGGUUGAUGACGAUGACGAGUACACAGACACAGGGUUUGCGCAUCUGUAG